AAUCUUUCAAGUGGAGAGGGAGAGAGAGAGAUAGAGAGGGAAGCGGAUCUAAUGGCGUCGAAUUCGGAAGCGGGGGAAUCUUCGGCGGAUUACGAAACAAUGAUGUCGACAUCGGACGUUGAGCUAUUGAAGAGGGCGUGGCGUAACGAGAAGGCGGCGCCGGAGAUUCUCCAGUACGAAGGAGCUCUUGUCCAAAGAGCAAAAGAGCAAAUCGAAUUGGUGGAAGAAACAAUUGACGAUUAUGUGGAAAAUGGUAUAGACCCUUUGGUGGUUUCUCUUUAUCAGAUGGAUUUAGACAGAACCCAGUUUCUACUCAGAUCAUAUCUCAGGGUUAGGCUCCUCAAGAUAGAGAAGUUUAUGUUCCACAACCUCAAGUCAGAGGAAGCUGAAAGACGACUUUCUGAGCAAGAGAAGGUGUUUGCUACAAGGUGUGCUGAUGAUUUAGCUAAGCAUUUCGAAGAGAGUGUACUGCUUAAGUUGCCUGAGAAUUAUCAGUCAGUUCUCAAGCAAUCCCUUAUAAGUGAAGUGGACGAUAUGGUGCCGCAGCCGCAUUUGGAUACCUUUGUGGUUUGUAGAAGCAAGAACUUUGUCUCCCUCAAUCUAUACGAAGAAGGUGAGAGCCCCGAGACUGUGGAGAUGGAGCGUGGUGAUCUCUACUUCAUACGUUACAAGAUUGUAAAAAGAGCAAUCGAAUCUGGCCAAAUUGACUUGAUCUAGUGACGAGUGCUACCUUUGUUCAAUGUUUAUGAUCUUGACUUGUAUAGUGAAAUUGUAAAACUGUAUGAGUUUCCUAAUGUCUUGAUAGAAACUUAAGUUACCUACCAUGCGGCUCGUGCGUAGUUCUCGAGUUCCUUAUAAUCAAAGAACCAUCUUUAUGAUUC